AUGCACGAGAGUGUGUCAGAUGUAGCUGAGUUGUUAAAGCCGUCCUUCGGUCCGCUGAACUGCGCUGCAGCGGCGGCCUCAUUGUUGCGUUUGGAUCUAAAGUUGAAGGUGGCGUUCUUGCUGGAAUUACGAGGUGCGUUUAACGAAGCCGUGGCGGCAUACACUCAAGUCUUCAAUGCCGUGUGCGACCACGAAUUAAUCCCGACAGAAAUCCCCGUACCGCCUGACCGUGUUUUCGAACGCCCUGCUGUGGCAACUUAUCUCUGUUGGAAACUCACAUUGCUACUUUCCGACGGCGGUAAACGUGUGAGCAACUUUCACACACAUGUCAUCAAACUUCGUAAACUUUACCACACACUCAUUGAGACCGAUUCGGAGGCGCCGGGGUUGCCGAUCCACUUGGUCACGCUGUCUGUAUUUCACCGUUGCGUGGCCUCACUAUUCCAGCCCAAGAAAUCGACUACGGAUACAAAUGCAUUCGAGAACCUGCAGCAGGAGCAAUGGCACCAAUGCCAGCUGCACCUGCAGUGCUCGCUGCAGGCUAUGACACGAGUGGUGGAUGCCGUGCAACGUCCCGCCUGGCAGCGACACAUCCAACUACCGCCAAUUACGGCCUUGGAUGCCGGGUCCGGGUCCGUUUUGAAGGCUGAGCCCCCCUUGAAGGCUGAGCCCCCUUUGAAGGCUGAGCCCCCCUUGAAGGCUGAGCCCCCUUUGAAGGCUGAGCCCCCUUUGAAGGCUGAGCCCCCUUUGAAGGCUGAGCCCCCUUUGAAGGCUGAGCCCCCUUUGAAGGCUGAGCCCCCUUUGAAGGCUGAGCCCCCUUUGAAGGCUGAGCCCCCUUUGAAGGCUGAGCCCCCUUUGAAGGCUGAGCCCCCUUUGAAGGCUGAGCCCCCUUUUGAAGGCUGA